AUGAACCUCAGCCACUCUUCAACCAGCAAGCGGGACUACCCAGAGUGUGUCGUAAAGUUUUGGGACCUGAGGGCCGAUACGCCGCAGAUUCUCCAGCACCUCACCGACAAGUGCCGGGACAUUACGCUCCAGGGCAACCCCUGCAGUAACUGGUGCCAGCAGCGCGCCCUGUACUCUGAGGCGGACUGCAAUUUCAUGUUCCAAUGCCGCUUCGCGGACCCAGUGGCGGAGAUGGUCACGGCGGUGACCGGCAGCCAGGUGACGUCAUCCCUUGAGGUGCUGGACUACUCAGGAUGGGCCGUGCCAGAUUUCGGGUUCCGUGGUUUGGGUGGUCAAGUGCUGCUGGUGGGAGAGGGCAAGGGCAUGACUUACGGAUUUCUGACGUACCUCAACGGCACGUACUUCAUCAAGCGCACGGGGCAUCACCAGUACGCAUUCACCAGAGCCAUCAUGUCCUUUGACAAGGAGCCCACUGUGCUAGAGAUGCUGAUGUGCGCCGGCGGUGCCAGUGGCGGCCAUCAGGCCGGCAGCCGCGAGCAGCCGCACGCCAAGUCGGCCCUGGAGUUCACCAACGAGCGCCUGGGGUUCUACGGGCAGCCAGCUGCUAUCAAGGCCAUAGACGUGUCGAAGCAGGGCCACCUGCUGCCCAAGAUGCAAGCGGAGGUGGCAAUCUAUGAUCGCCUGAGGUCACUGCAGGGUGUGAGCAUACCCAUCUUGUAUGGCUCUGGCUUCUGGAACUACGCGAACACCUACUUUGUGGCCACCUCUGUCAUAUCGGGCCAGCACCCAAGCCGCAGCACGUUUGGCGGGAUCCAAGCCGCAGAGCAGGCGCUGCGGGGCAUCCACGCGUGCGGCGUCCUCCACGGGGACAUCCGGGCGGAGAACGUCUUCGUGGCGGAGGAGGGCGGCCGCUGGAAGGUGUGGCUGAUCGACUUUGAUUACAGCACAGAGUCGCGCGACCCAGGCGCCCAGGCCGCCGAGCUGGCAGAGCUGCAAGCACUGUUCCGGCCCUCUAACGCAGAUACGAGCACCACCAGUGGCCUGGAGCCCGUUGACGUCAUCCUGCUGCUCGCGGCCACCGAGAAUGACGACCCCAAGAUCGAGGAGCUGCUGGCAGCCGGCGCCAACGUCAACGUGAAGGACAACCUCGGACGCCGCCCCCGCGAUCUGGCGACCAAGGACGUCGUCAUCAAGAUGCUGGACGCGGCCGAGGGCAAGCUGGUCCAGGCGUGA